ACAAGAUACCUCUCCUUCAUCUCCCUCUUUUUUUUUCUUUUGUUACCAAAACCUAAUCUAAACUCACUCUCUUACAAAACUCAGACAAACACCCUCAUCUUUAACCCACCCUCUCUCGAUCUCCCCUGCAACCACACACCCACUGCCAACCUCUCUCACUCUCAAACAAGGUCGCCGGAAUCCGGCGAUGACCGACAAAUGUCGGGCGACGGCGACGACGGGCGGCAACAGCGCCGCCGUCUGCGGCGGCUGCGGCGGUGGCUAGGGUUGAAUGCGGGGUGGAGAUGCGGCGUCGUGGUUCAGCUCAACAUCGGCUUCAGGUCUGGCUCGGGCUAAUCGGCUGCUCAGAUUAGUUUUUUUGGUUCGUUUCAUUUUGGUUCGUGUUCGUUUCAGUUUCGAAUCGGGUUCUUCAGACCGGUCCAACUCGACUCUCGGUCAAGUUCGGGUGUCGGUUCGUGUGUCGGGUCAACGCCAGUCAAACUGGUCAGCCGAGCUCGCCGUAAUCGGAACUCGCGUGUUACGUCUUCGGAUAAUCUAUCUUGUUCGGUCUCUUGGAUUUCCCAAUCUUUUACUCGUGCGUUACUUUACAAGGAAACGCAAACGCAGUCAAUGUUGAUUAUUGAAGUAUGGACGAUUCAUGAAACAAGUUUAGGGUGGA